GUAUAAAGGGUAUUUAAAAAAAAGACAGUCGCCAUGGUAACGGGGUCCUGCAGCACCUCGCGUCGCCAUGGCAACGGUGAAGGCCUUCCGGCGGCGGCCGGAAGUGAGGCGGCGCGCGACAGCAUGGCGGCGGGGUGCGGCCGUCCUGUGGCUGGCGGCACUCUCACGCUCCUGCUGUCGCUUGGCGCCUCCGGCCCCGGCCUGCUGCGGGGUUCCCUCGCCGCCCACCCCGGUGCCUUGCGGCCCGCCGCCCUGCGAGCCGGGGAAGUUCACAGGCUAGUUACCUACAUCUUUGUCUAUGAAGACCUGAUAUCCUUGACCUGUGGUGCCAUUGUCAUCUGGUAUUUUGCUGGCAGCUUUGAGAAGAAAGUUGGCACUGUGAAGCACUGCUUCUUCACCAUUGUGUUUGCCAUCCUGACCGGCCUCCUGUACCUCUUACUUGAAACUGUUGUCUCGAGGGUGUCAGAAGUGGAAGAUGCCAAAGGAUUCAUGCCUUUAGCUUUUGCUACACUGAGUGUCUCAACUACCCGCUCACGAAUGAAGCGGGCUCUCUUCUUUGGAUUUAGAGUUCCAGUGAUGCUGGUGCCAUGGUUUCUGCUCUUUGUGGUGUGGUUUAUUCCCCACUCUUCUCUCCUGAGCAACCUGUGUGGGCUCCUAGUAGGGAAAGCCUAUGGUCUUGGCUACUGUUUCUGCUUGGAUCUUCCAGAGUCGGUGGCCUCUAAGCUGGAUCAGAGGUUCCCUUUCAGUGUGCUAAAGAAAAUACCAGGGCUAAAAUACAUCCCGGGGUCCUCAGCUGAGAGAAGAGCCACUGAGAGCAGCAAGAUUACCCCGCUGCCUGGCACAUACCCCACUCAAAGCUACUACUGCUCUUCACCUUCGGCUCUUCCAGCCUCCCAGAUGCAGCACCCUGGUGUUCAGAGCCAGGGGUUUCAGGACAGCUGCACGCCAGGAUUUGGCCAUGCUUUGGGACACGUGGGACCUCAGCACAGCUAUGCAAGAUACAGCCUUGUUUCUUCCCCCUACCAGGCCAGAGGUGCCUCUGCAGAGUGCUACAUUCAGUCCCACACUGGAUCCUUGCCUGGACAGUGCUCCCAGACAAGCAAGUUCUCUGUGCCACAGCGUGUGUGCCUGACUGGUCCACAGGCACCUGUCGGCCUGGACCUCCUGGCUGGGGUUCGGCAAGCAUCAGGGGAUCCAGCAGGCUCAGCAGCUCCUGUUCCAGCUGAAUUUUCAAAAGUUCAGGUGUACUGAUCCCCCAGAAAGCAGCAGGAAUUGCAGCAGCAGGGAAGAUGGUGUGAUGCUCACAGAGCAGCAAUUGCUGGCACUGUUGCUGUCUCUGAGGUGACUACCUAAAUGGAUUACUUUAAUUCUAUUUCCUUUUAAUUUUGAUACUUCUUUUAGCAUUGUGGAGGGAAGGAGACUGGACUGCCUCUCCACAUUACUAAUUCUAUUGAAUACUUUUCUUAUAGUAGUGUUUAGCACUACUUCUUUCUCCACACGAUAACUACAGAUACAGAACCUCUGUCCUCCAAUUCAAGGUAAGAUGGAAGCUAAUAGUCAAAACACUGGACUAAUCUGAGAUUGAGCCAAGCUGCAGAGAUAAGGAUACAACCCAUCUAUGUCAAGGCUCUUAGCUUCCUAUCUUGUUUACAUGUAUGAUGUAGUUAGGACACAAAAGAAGGUGGAAGCAUUUGAGCCUUAGUUUAUAAGUUAGCAUUUGAGUGAAGAAGUCUGUUUCAGUAGUGUUAAGAGUUAAGAGUUAACAUCUCUUAAAUAUUGAAGUGCAGUCUGUGCACUCAACAACGCAUUGUUAUUUCUGAUAGCUCCACACUAGCUCAGCCUUCCUAGCACUAAUCAUCAUUUCAGUUGAAGGAAUCCCUAAUGGUCAUGCAGUCCAACUCCCCUGCAAUGAACAGGGACGUAUACAGCUGGGUCACCCCUGCACCUGUCAGCAAGGCAGCCUUGAAUGCAUAAGAAGUAGUGGAAGAGUCUUUAGUAAGGGAUUUUGGCCAUUUGUGCAGCAAAUAUGCGUAAAUCCAAGAAGCUGAGAGGGACUUUAAAAGUGGGUUAUAAGAAUUACCUGGAAUGUAGCUGUCCCAUUGGGGGUGUUCAUGUUUUUCAUCUUUUAGUGUGUCGCCCAGCAAUAUUAGCACAAUCACUCUGGGUUUUCUUUAGAGGUAGUGGAAAGGUAUUUGGAAAAGAGGAGUUUUCAGCAUAGGAUUCAGAGCAGAGUGCACUGUUUGGUGACUGUGGUAGUAGCAGAAGUGUUUAUUUUAGGUGGUAGCACUCGGAGAGCCAGAGCUUUAUUUCCCACUUUGUGGUGGCUUUACUGUGCCAUGCCUAGGAGGAAUCUUCUGUUUCUGUGAUUGUGAAUCAAGCAGGAUCUCAGCUAUUGCAGUUGACUCAUUACUUAAAGUUUUCUUCCCCCCUCCCCCAAAAAAAAGUUAUAUGAAACACAGACAUUUCUGCCCUUGGAAAUGUUUUGAACAUGCCUAGCCUGUCCCCUACAAUAGUAGGGGCUCUUCCUGUGUAUCAGGGAGCCAGGGUUGGAAACAGCAUUGCUGAUGCAUGUGCCAAAGCUUGUAUAUGCCUCUCUCUCACCUUUCCUCCUCUUCAGUGUCUGAAGAAGCCGCCUGUUGCUGUACAGCCACUUUUCCAGCAGCUCUUCUGAGAAAACUGCCACAGGCAUGCGUGGCUUCACAAGGACUUGCUUUGGGGGAAGGCUGAAGUGAAGAGAGAGGGCUUGAAGCUCAGAUUCAUGAUAGUAAGGAGCUGCUUGCAAAGACAGAGGUGGGACAGAGGCUUUCAGAAGGAAGAUAAAAUAAUUUGGGAACAGGCUUAUGGUAGGAUGCCUGGAGUUGGUAGCCAGCUCCAUCCCACUCCUGAUUGUUUCACCCCUCCCUGAGUUGACGGAUGGACUUGGUUUCACAGUCCCAUUUUUCCUGAACUGCUAACAACAAUUUCAUUGUUAAGUGUUUUGUGUGCAGCACGAACAGGAUGAGGCUCUUGUUUAGAAGUUAAAAGGAUGUUUUCAAUACCAGGAAAGGACUGCUAGAGAUAAUCAUUGAAAUGUUGAUAUUCCACUCUAGUGCCUUGAUUUUCCUCCUCAUGAGAUCUACAUAAGAUGAGAUCUUGUGAAUUUUAGCAUUGUGCAGAAAAUACACUAGAGUGAUGGGGACUGUUUGCAAUGGUAAACGUUGUGUAUAAUCAAACUGAAAGCUUGAAAUGCAAUCUGGAAGACAAA